CCCCCCCCCCCCCUUGGAGAAUAAAUCCAUCUGGUAUCUCGGAUUGCGAUAAAAAGAGACUGGGACACAGACAGCAGCGCGGAUUUAUUGUUGCAAACAACACGGACUUCCUCCGAAAUGGGAAAAGAAGUGCCAGUGUGCUUGUAAGAUGUAUCCUCACCACAGAGAAAGGGAGCAGCCCAUCUUCAGCUCCCGGGCCCACGUCUUCCAGAUCGACCCCGGCACCAAGAGGAACUGGAUCCCCGCCAGCAAACAUGCUGUCACCGUGUCCUUCUUCUACGACGCCAACCGUAACGUCUACCGAAUCAUCAGCGUGGGUGGUACCAAGGCUAUCAUCAACUGCACCGUCACGCCCAGCAUGUCAUUCACCAAGACGUCUCAGAAGUUCGGCCAGUGGGCAGACAGCAGGGCCAACACUGUGUACGGACUCGGUUUUGCUACGGAGCAACAGCUGCAUCAGUUCUCAGACAAGUUUAAGGAGGUGAAAGACGCGGCUCGUCUGGCGCGAGAGAAGUCGCAGGAUAAAGAACUGGCCAACACAGCGCUCACCAUCGCUGCUCCGCAGGACCUCUCUGAUGAACUCCAGUCUCCACCGGUGAUGUGUGUGAACGGACCGGAGGAGAAGAUGUUCCGCAGUCAGAGCGCCGACAUCACUCUGUCUGCUGAGAAGGAGCGCAUUAAGAAGAUGCUCUCUGAAGGGUCCAUCUGUGAGAUGAACCUGGAAUCGGAGCUCUUCACGCUGCAGGACAGCAACUCUAAACUGGUGGCGGCGCUGCACGAGGCUAACGCCAACGUGGAGCAGUGGAAGAAACAGCUGGCAGCGUAUCAGGGGGAGACGGACAGGCUCAGAGAUCAGGUGGUGGAACUAGAGGCCCACGGAGGCCACGGCCCCAGUGACCUGCUGAAGGAUGAGCUGACCCAGUCCCUGGAGGAGCUGGAGGCCCUGCUGAAGGCCAAAGAUGAGGAAAUCCACAUUUUGCAAAGCAAGAAAGUGGAGUACCACGAGAUGGAGCACCACAGGGAUGAGGCCAUCCACAGGCUACGGGAGACGGAGAUGCGCAACGCGGAGCUGGAGCGUCGCAUCCAGAACUCUGAGCAGAACCUGAACAACUCUCUGGAGGAACGGGACCGCAUGGACUCUGGGAUCCAGAGGGCCGUCGAAAUUCUGGACAUCAAGAUCUUUGACCUUAACGACCUUCGACAGAGCCUGGUUAAACUCAUAGACAAAUAGGAGGGAGGAGGAGGAGGAGGGGGGGGGACUGGGUCAAUAUCCAAGCCGAGGAGAGCGAUGGGACGGGCGGCGGUCCAACGUCUUGUGGGGGGAGAGCGGGACAAGAUGGAGACGGCCCCGGUCCUCUUGAAGCACAGCAAGCGGCCCGGCUGCAGGGAGGCAGCAGCAUGCUCUCGGCUUCGCUUGUCCAAUCUAACGUAACGCUUCGUGUCGCUUUCAAGGGUUCAAACGUUCAAUGCAAUAAACCAACUAUACGGUAAGUGCUUAUCACCGCUAGACGUUUAAUAUGACAAUUGGUGCUUGUAGUUUUUUGUAAGUUUGACUGUUAGUACACCAAAUGGCAACGUGUGUGUCCGUAUGAAUAAGAAGCUUGUUUCUUUUUAACUGACAGGUGCUGUGUGAGCAUCUUUAGAGCAAAAUGAGGCCGCCAAGUAAAGGCAAAUUUUUAAAAAAAGCACAACCAAAAAUGACAUUUGCUUAUUUAACAGCGUGCCUAAAAUAUGUCUUCUACUGAAUUCAACACUCAACAAGGUCUGAUUAGUGCAGAGAUUAACACUCAACAAGGUCUGAUUAGUGCAGAGAUACACCCGCGCUUGGUCUUAUAGAUACGCAUGUAUUGUCUAGACGCUGUUAUUUUGUUUUAAGUGAAGGGAAGAGUUGUUCGAGCUGUUGCUCCUUGCAUAGAAAUAUUUAUUGACACAUUUUCCAGGUUCCGUAAACACGUAGGCUACACAACUCUGACAUUAGAUCUUAAUAGUGACGCCAAAGAUCAAAUGUUAGGAGCUAAGUCAGCAGCUUUUCUAUUAUCUACAUUUUAACUCUUAAGAAUUCUUUAGAUUUGUGACAGUAAUCUGUUAGUAGAUAUAAUAAGUACAUUUAUGCAGAAUGUUCUUUUUUCCCCAUCAUGUUGCGUCGAUAAUGCUACAGCUAGUCAGUAAACACAAGAAAUAGAGGCCAUCACUUGGAUCUACAGAUGUAUUUAACUGGUCCUGUGUAUUCGUCCUGUGCACCAUCUGUGAACACUAACUUAUUUAGAAUAUACGCAUUCAAGGAUCUUUAAGAGAGAGACAUUCUCUGCCUUCUGUUAUUUCUCAGCUUGUUACCUUUUAGCUGUGGACGUUGCGCCACACGCCUUGUGAGUGUGGCUCUGUUUGAAAAGUGAUUAAAGUCCUUUAUCACACUCUACUGGUUAAUAUAGUUCACAAUAUGUGUGUUUCUGGGGUUUCCUUCAAGCCUUAUUGUUUUAUUUAAACAACGGUUGAGUCUGUCUCUCAAACGUUGAGCUUUUGUCAUCACAGUCAGGAAAUAAAAGCAAAGCAUUUUAAUGUCCUCUUGCUUGUGCUGAUGGUAUUUCACCUUCAAGGCCAUCUGGUUGAUGUCUACCACAGCAUUCCUCCAGAUGGUUUUGAUUGAAUAAUUUAUUCUAUAAACCUAACCAGGACACAAGUAUGCGAUUCACAAUCCACACCACCAACAUCAAAAUGUAUUUAAUCAUGAUUUACUGCUGCUGUCUUGCAAAAUGUGCAUCUGAACUGUUAGGAUUAGAGAAGCAGGGUUUGACCGAAUGUACCCAACUCCGCUGGGUAAAUUAAUUGCAUACUUUUUUUCUUUUUUCUUUUUUUUGACCAUUCUCCUGCAGUUGGAUUAAAGCAAAUUAAACACUUUUUUUAACCCAA